UUACCGGCUACAGAGUCACGGUUGAUUGCCCUCAUGCCUCAAUAAAUCUUCUCAGCAUGCUCGGUGCUCAUGGUGCUACUUGUAAUUGUACAUGUAUGUACUAUGCGUCAUGAUCCACUGCACUCCCACUCCGUAUCCGCGUAGGCAUGACAAUCCUAUCGUCCGUUAUCUUUGGACUUUGAUCGACCUACCAGUUUGCUUGUGCAAUGUCAUUUGAUAUCGCAGACCUGCAUUUACACUUGGAUAACAGUGUCCAUGUACAUGUACCUGGAAGAGGAGCUGUAAAGAGAUUACUUGGACAUUUCAAGAAGCCAGAAUGAGUAAGACGGUAGCUAUCAUCGGAGCAGGUGCCAGUGGCAUCACAGCAAUCAAGUGCUGCUUGGAUGAGGGUCUCCAAGUCACGUGUUUUGAGAGAUCGAGCCGGAUUGGUGGGCUCUGGGCUUACCGUGAAGACGUUGACGGCCAAGGCUGCGUCUUCAAGUCCACCAUCAUCAACACCAGCAAAGAAAUGAUGUGCUACAGCGACUACCCCAUCCCCAAGGAGUACCCAAACUACAUGCACAACUCCUACAUUGAGAAGUACUUCCUGAGCUACGUGGACCACUUCGAUCUGAGACGCCACAUCCAGUUUCGCACCGAGGUUGAGAAGGUCACGCAGGCUGCCGACUAUGACGCGACUGGCCGAUGGAAAGUCACCACCAAGAAUCGAGACAGCGGUGAGAGUACCACUGAUCACUUUGAUGCUGUCAUGAUCUGCACCGGGCAUCACACAACCCCCAACAUCCCCGACUUCCCUGGCUUGAAGGAGUUUCAGGGAAAGGUACUCCACACUCACGAGUACAAAACUCCCUAUGAUUUGAUCGACAAGCGAGUUGUCGUCAUCGGGAUCGGUAACUCUGGAGGGGAUGCAGCAGUGGAACUGGGCCGUAUCUCAUCAAAGGUCUUUCUGAGUACAAGGAGUGGAACUUGGAUCCUCAAUCGUGUGGGUGAUUACGGCAAUCCCAUCGAUAUUGUGGUUGCAAAUCGAUUCGUAGACAUUUUCCCCACAAGUUUUAAAAACACCAUGGUAAAGAGGAAGCUGCAGGCUAAAUUUGAUCACGCCAAGUACGGACUGCAGCCAGCACAUGACCCUUUCCGUGCCCACCCCUUUGUCAACGAUGACCUCCCAAAUCGUAUUCUAAGCGGUGCAGUGAUCGUCAAGCCCAACGUCGCCCGCUUCACUGAAACUGGGGUCGAGUUCGAGGACGGGACUUUUGAGGAUAACAUCGACUGCGUCAUCCUCGGCACUGGGUACACAUUCAGCUAUCCAUUCAUGGACUGCCCUUCCUUCCAAGUCAUCAAGAAUGAGGUGUCGCUGUACAAGUACGUCUUUCCAGCUGACCUGAAGCACCCAACCAUCUGCACCAUUGGUUUGGUUCAACCUCUGGGAGCCAUUCACCCAAUCUCCGAGCUCCAGAGCCGAUGGGCCGCCCAGGUCUUCACUGGCCAAGCAAGCCUUCCGUCUCGUCCAGAGAUGGAAGCAUCUAUCAAGAAGGCGAAAGACGACAUGAGUAAGCGGUACGUGAAAUCCCAACGUCACACCAUCCAGGUGGACUGGAUCAAGUACAUGGAUUGCGUCGCCAUUGAGUUCGGUGUCAAGCCUGAUAUCUUGAAGCUGUUCCUGUCUGACCCGGCACUGGCUCUCCGUUGCUACUUUGGGCCUUGCUUGCCUUACCAGUACCGCUUGAUGGGACCAGGGAAGUGGACGGGAGCCAGGGAAGCCAUUAACACCAUGUGGGAGAGGGUCAACGCACCUCUGAAGACACGCCUCCCUGCUGUCGAAGAGAAAAAGUCAGGGGCAUCUUUGCUACUGCGUCUUGGUUUGGCUUUCCUUCUGAUUUACAUUGUUGUAUCUAUUAUCUUAUAACAUUUGAACAGAAGGGAAAAUAUUUCCAAAUUGACAGGUCAUUACAAACACUCCUAUAGAUUGUCGAUAAUCUGUUUAAUCAGGACUGUAUGAAACUGGCAUUUGUGAACUUUGUUUUAUGCACUGUCAUUUAAAAAAACAGAUGUUCCAUUGAGACUACUUAAUACAUUGCAUCAAACCUUUGGCAGAUACACAUACACGAAUUAGGGUGGUUUGAAGUGUUGCCGAUUUGUAGUAAUGUCCUCACAAGUCACAAACUGUUGAAAUCAACUUUUUACAUGAGGCCAUUGAUCAACAUUGGUUUUUAGGUUUUAAUCACUCAAGGUUGAAAAAAAAUUGGUCGGGAAGGGAAUUUAUAUUUUAUAUUAUAUAAAUUCCUGCGGCAAAGCUGUUGUACAGUUCAUUCACGGAAAGCGUCCUUGGGACAUUAAUCCCAAACCAUGGCUUGAAAACCUUUACUCCACAUGUAACAUGUGUAAUCUGGGGGAUUACAAAAGGCAUGAUGCAGGGUCCAAAGAAACAACACAACAAUUGGCCUACCCUUGCCAGCUAUAUGUAAAACAUUGAACUUUAAGAACUUAACGACCACGAGUACUGUACAACACGCGCUCACAGUAUGGUGCCGAGAGCGUUGUCGUAUCAAUACCACAUCGCCUGGCUAUGGCAUGCAUAACACCUCAGUAUGUCAUGCACAAUGUUUGCGUGCAAAUCAGUGCGACCGUGCCUGUGGAUUUGGUGAGAAACUUGUCUGGAAACUACUCUUUCUUUAGGAAAAAAACACACUCAGAAAAUAUAAAAUAUAAAAAAACCGAGGGAGUGAAAAUCGAGGCGGAAGUGAUGAAAACCUAAAAAUCAAUGUUGAAUGGCCUAAUAAGCAUUACUUUAUUGUUGUUCAUCCCUACUUAUUUGUAUAACUGGAUUUGUGUUUUAAUUACUUUUGGCCAGAAUCAUGACUACAACAAUGUUUUGUGUAUAUCAUCAAAAUUAUUGGAUUGGGUACUAGAUUGGAGUAUGGGUACUAGAUUGGAGUAUGGGUACUAGAUUGGAGUAUGGGUACUUGGAAGGAGGGGGCUUGGGAUGCAAAUAAUGUGUUUGAAUCCGUUAAGGUGACAGUUGGUUUAAGGUACCAGUAGUACUGGUGAGUCCACAUGGCUGCAACAAAUUAUUUUUGCUGAAACGAAUAAUUGUGACGUCCAGUUUAUUAACCGUUGCAAACCAUGUUGUUGUUGUUUUUUCAAAUGACUUGAAUAAAGGCAAUUAGGAUUCCUGAUGAACUGAAAGGUAGCUAUUAAAAAAAAGUACUAACUGCAAAUUUUUAAACAGGAAUGAUUUUUUUAUGUGCUCUCUAAAAUGUUAUGCUUGUAAUUUAUACAUGUAUAUUGCAAAGUGACUUUUAAAAUUUGUUUUGAAAUUAUGUUUUAUAUACAUGUACAUGUAUGUGCAUGUCACAUAGAUUUUGUGCCUGAAAAGAUUAAAGAAAAUUGAUAUGAAUGUUAUGCUCCGUUGAUUCGUGCUUCAAAAGUAACGAAUUACUUGAAUAAUCAAUGCAGCUUAUACUCAUGCACUUUUCUGUUUUACAAAAAUGUAUUAUGUGGAAAAUCAUGUGUUUUGUUUCUGUUGUCGCAGAGAUGUCGUGCCUGAAAGGAUUAAUGAAAAUGGGUUUAUAUACACAUUUUAUGUUCUGUUGAUUGUUGACUCAUGCACCAGAAGUUUUGGACAUAACAGUUUUAUGAAUAAUUCGAAAAAUAAAGAUUUUUCUAGUGAGGGUUUAUCAAUUGUAGUGAUGUGGGGGGAGGGGGGGGGUGUUGAUAGACUUGUAAAGCUACUGUGAUUAUGUGAUAACGACAUCUCGAAAAGAAUCAUAUUACACUGUCUGUAAACCUUUGUUACUGACCAAAUGAU